GGGAUCUCUUGACCUGAGUGCGGGGUCUCCGAGGUUAGAGAAGGAAGAUGGCGUUGCAGAUAGUGGGACGUCGUCCGUGGUUCCUGGCGCUGCUGCUGCUCCCACUUCUGUUGGUGCUCGGGCCCUGGCAGGUGGCGGGCCACGGCGGCAAGUAUUCGCGUGAGCAGAACGAGCCCGAGCGGCCCCCGAAGCGCGAGCCCGGGGGCGAGUUUCGCAUGGAGAAGUUGAACCAGCUGUGGGGGAAGGCCCAGCGGCUGCAGUUGUCUCCCGUGGAACUGUCCGAGCUCCACGCUGAUCUGAAGAUACAAGAAAGGGAUGAAUUCGCCUGGAAGAAGCUGAAGGCUGAGGGCUUGGAUGAAGAUGGGGAGAAAGAAGCAAAGCUGAUACAAAACCUCAACGUCAUCCUGGCCAAGUACGGCCUGGACGGCAGGAAGGACGCCCGGGGGCUCGGCAGCAACUCCCUCCGCGACGGGACCGAGCAGGACAGCCUGGAGGACCCCCGGCUGGAGAAACUGUGGCACAAGGCACAGACCUCUGGAAAGUUCUCCAGGGAAGAGCUGGACAAGCUCUGGCGGGAGCUCCAGCACCACCGAGAGAAAGUCCGGGAGUACAGUGUCCUGCUGGAGACCCUGAGCAGAAUGGAAGAGAUCCGGGAGAACGCCAUCAGCCCGUCCGACAUGAGCCGCGUGCAGGAGGAGGCUGUGCUGCACAGCAGACACGCGGAGCUCAAAGACCGGCUGCGGGGCAUCAGCCAAGGCUACGACCGCCUGCGGAGGGUCAGCCACCAGGGCUACAGCUCCGAGGCCGAGUUCGAGGAGCCCCGGGUGCUGGACCUGUGGGACCUGGCCCGCGCCGCCAACUUCACAGAGGAGGAGCUGGAGGCUCUUCGGGAGGAGCUGAAACACUUUGAAGUGAAAGUGGAGAAGCACAGCCAUUACCAGAAGCAGCUGGAGAUCUCGCACCAGAAGCUGAAGCAUGUGGAGCGGCUCGGCGACCCGGAGCACGUCAGCCGGAACAGGGAGCGCUACACCCUGCUGGAGGAGAAGACCAAGGAGCUGGGCUACAAGGUGAAGAAGCACCUGCAGGACCUGUCCAGCCGGAUCUCGAGAGCACGGCACAACGAGCUCUGAUGCCCGGGCCGCGCCGCCAGGGGCGUCUCCGCGAUGGGACCCGGGGAGACUGCGCGGCCAGAACGUGCUGCUGCAGGUGCCACGCCCUGAAAUCCUGAGCAGUCCCCACGUUUAAUUCGUCGUCAGCGACCCGGUGCCUCCCUCGACUGCCUCGUCCCACCCCGUCUCUGCCUUGUCCUGUCUCUGCGGCUGGGCCUCAGAGCCCAUGGCAGCUCGGUCCCAGGCAUGGUCUGCGACUCUGGGUCCCUGGCCGCCUGAAAGGCCCCCCGCCUCCCCCACACUCCUGAUGGGCUCAGUGCUCGGGCUGGCUCAGUGGGCGUUUUCCUGCCCACCCUGCCUCAAGAAGCCUGCGAGUCCCAUCUGACGGGAGUGCCGACCGUCACCCAGGACAGGGCUGUGACCACACAAGUGGCUGGCCUGGGGCGGCCGACCCAGCUCCUGGGUUUGAACCUGGAGGGGCCGUGAAGCGCAUGCACACUCAUCUAGGGGACAAAGGCCAAGCCUGUUAGGGUUUGUGUGCUCGGGUGCCGUGAGUGGGGGCGGGCUGGGGCUGGUGCCCGAGGCGGGGUCUCGGCGCAGACCUGGGCUUCUGCUGACCUCUAGGUCUGGGUGGGUGGCAGGUUCGUUUCCCUGCCGCCUCGUCCUGCAGACUUUCUUCUCUCUGGCCCUGGGUGGGGCUGGUGCCCCGGGGAGGCGACAGGAGCGCACAGGUGGGGGCGUGGCGUUGCUGCCAAGAGUCAGAGCAGGGAGCCUGCUCCUCCCCGCGGACGGGCUCCUUUGGGUCUCCAUGUAGCUCUUGGGGUCGGUCACUGCCUUUGGACAGGAGAGCCCCCCACCCCCUGGGUGUUCUGCAGGGCUGCCUCGGACGGCCGGUCCCUUGAGCAGAGCCGACUGCUGGCAACCCUGGGUCUCCCCGGCUCGAGGUUGGGGCGUCGGUCCCUCCACCCAGGUGUGUGGCCAUGGGCGGCGGGUUUCGUUCUGUCUCUGGUUCAUCUCCUGCAGGGUCCACACGCCCUGUGCCCUCUGGUCCCAUGUCGCCUCCAUCCUCGCAAGCCGCACAGCAGCCCCCGCCCUUCCCCCCCAGAUGGGGCGGCAGGGGUGGGGGCGCCCCCGCCUGCCACAGUCCUGCCUCGCCGCUUCCGCCCUACAGGUGGCACUGCGCAGGCCUGGAAUCUCCCUCGUGCUGAGCCUUUGGGUCAAGAACGCAAGUUUAAAAAUAGAUACAGGUUGUUUAUAA